UUUUCUAGGAAAUUAAAGAGUAUCUGAAAUUAAUAAGUCAAAACUUCUGGGGUUUAUAGAAAAACAAAUUGGCGGUAAAUCUAAUGUCAUGAGCGUUACAAAUUAUGUGUUGUGGUGCUAUAUAUUAUCGUAUUCUGGGCCACUCUUAUCUGCUCUACCUCUACCAUUUCCCCCUGCUUCAACUUCUCUACUCAUCUCCAACAUGGGGCCCGAGGAGAUGACCAAAUCCGAGUACAAGGAGAAAGGUGGAUUCAGAGCAUCCGCGUUUGUAUUUGUGUUGGUUGCAUUAGAAAACAUGGGUUUUGUUGCCAACAUGGUGAGCUUGGUGCUUUACUUCGGCUAUGUUAUGUACUUCAAUAUUUCCGCCGCCGCAAACACUCUUACAAACUUUAUGGGCUCAACCUUCUUGCUCUCCCUUCUUGGAGGCUUCAUUUCAGAUACUUUCUUAAGUAGAUUUACUACAUCUCUACUUUUUGGAUUCUUUGAAGUUCUGGGUUUGGCAUUGGUGACAAUUCAGGCUUAUUCCAAGGAUUUGCAUCCGACUUAUUGUGGCAAGUCCAGCUGCAUAAAAGGUGGCAUGGCAGUGAUGCUCUAUGCUUCAUUGGCUUUGCUAGCAUUGGGCUCUGGUGGGGUUAAGGGAGCUCUUCCAGCGCUUGGGGGUGAUCAAUUCGAUCAAAAAGAUCCAAAGGAAGCAAAAGCUCUAGCAAGGUUUUUCAAUUGGCUGUUGCUGAGUACCACACUUGGAGCCUGUAUUGGAGUCACAGGCAUCGUGUGGGUGAGCACUGAAAAGGACUGGUACUGGGGGUUCUUCAUAUCAACCGUGGCUACCUUCAUUGGUUUUGUUGUUCUUGCACUGGGCAAGCCUUACUACCGCCUGCGCGAACCCACACCCUCUGAUAGCCCCAUCAUAAGAAUAGCUCAGGUCAUAGCGGUAGCCAUCAAAAACAGACGGUUAGCUCUGCCAGAGAAUCCAGAUGAACUGUUCGAGAUGAAUGAAAAAGAAAAAGUUUUCAGGGAGGAAACAAUCUCCCACACCAAUCAAUUCAGGUGCCUAGACAAAGCUGCAAUUGUUACAAAUGACUCAAAGCUAACACCGUGGACGGUAUGCACAGUGACCCAAGUUGAAGAAGUGAAGAUACUAACCAGAAUGUUGCCUAUUUUAGGCAGUACAAUCAUAAUGAACACAUGUAUGGCACAGCUGCAGACAUUCUCAGUUCAGCAAGGCAAUAUCAUGGAUCGCCAUCUUAGAAAAAAAGAGGUUCCCGCUCCGUCAAUCCCUGUAAUCCCAUUGGCUUUCAUGUCCAUUCUGAUUCCCAUCUAUGAGUUAUUUUUUGUCCCUUUUGCUCGAAAGAUCACUCAUCAUCCAUCAGGCAUCACACAACUCCAACGUAUUGGCGUGGGGCUUGUUCUGUCAGCCAUUUCAAUGACUGUUGCCGGUGUUGUUGAGGUAAAAAGAAGGAAUCAAGCUCUUAAAGACAUAACCAAGCCCAUAAGUCUCUUCUGGCUCUCGUUCCAAUAUGGAAUAUUUGGAAUUGCAGACAUGUUCACUCUUGUAGGACUGUUGGAGUUUUUCUACAAGGAAGCACCGGUAUGCAUGAGAUCGCUCUCCACAUCGUUUACAUGGUUAUCUCUAUCUUUUGGCUACUUCUUGAGUACUUUGUUCGUCAACAUCAUAAACUCCGUGACCAAAAGAAUCACUCCAAGCAAACAAGGAUGGUUGCAUGGACUUGACUUGAACCAGAACAAUUUGAAUCUCUUUUACUGGUUUUUAGCAAUCCUCAGCUCCCUAAACUUUGUAAACUAUUUGUACUGGGCCUCAUGGUACAAAUACACGCCAGAAGAACCUGAUCCUGACACCAAACCCAAGGAUUUGAGUACUGGACCGCCUCUCGCCAAGGAAGAAAACACCCUGGAUGGUGGAGCAAAAGAAACAAAUGACGCUCCCUCUUCCGUUCAAACAGAGGAUGCUAAACAAUAGUUAUACAAGUUGUUGAUAUAGGCCCAUAAGCACAUAUCUUCAAUCUGCUAGAAGAAGCUCAUCAGAGCAAAACAGAAGCGGUUGCCAAGAGUUAAAACUUGUUUGAAAGAGGCUGCUAAGCUACUAAUGUGUGUUUAGUACCUGCAGUCUGUUUGUAUAUUUAAUUAGGUUGGCUUUUGGUUUUGGGAAUAAAAUAACAACCUUCCGAACAA